AGCAUAUUCCCAUUAUCUAUUUAUACUAGUAUUAAUAAUCUGCAAAUGAAUGCAUAUAUAAGUUCAUAUGAUAUGAUAUCGCGUUCACUCCAUCAUAUUUGAUUUGCAUCUAUAUUAUGGAGAACCAGAUCAGAUCAUGGGUGAAACAAGCGAUAGAGAACGAAGGCUUUUCGAGCUACGAUGUGAAAUUGAGUGACGGUAUCAAAAAUGGAGACGGGUUUGUUGGUCAAGUGAUUUUUGCGAGGGUUACUGGUGUUACUGAGAGUGGCGAGCCGAAACAGCUGCAUUUGGCUCUGAAGCUAUCUAAGGACAACGCCGCGUUUCGGGAAAGCAUGGGCGAAUCGGCAUUCCAUCAGGAAAUAAUUAUGUACGAAGACGUUUUCCCUGCGUUUCAAACGUUUCAGCAUCAAAAACAGAUACGCGCCCCAUUUUCUGCACACCCCAGGUGUCUAAAAUGCCUAAAGCUGGAAAACAAAGAAAUCCUGGUGUUGGAAGACCUCAGAUCUGGUGGCUAUGCGCUUCACGACAAGAAGAUCUGCAUGAACCUAGCCCACUCUAGGAUGGUUCUUCGAGAGUACGCAAGGUUGCAUGCCCUGUCGUUCGCGCUACGUGAUCAAAAUAGGCUCUUAUUCGACUCGUUGACCAGAAACAUGAAAGAUCCGUUUGUAGACUUCUUAUCAGCUCCUGCGACCAGGAAAGCAAUGAAUAUCGGGAUUCAACAGGCGCUUGAUCUCCUGAAGAAGUCUGGCGAUGAAGACUUGUAUAAGAAGUAUGAACAGUUGACGAAAGGUGGCGCCGAUAGAUUGGUGGAAGCGGUAGCAACUAUAGACGAGAAAGCUGUUAUUGUCCAUGGAGACUGCUGGAAUAAUAAUUUCAUGUUCCAAUAUAAGAAUAACGAUAAAACAUCUCCAUCCUCCGUGAUGAUCCUAGAUUGGCAAUUUUCAAGCUUGAAGUCACCCACAUACGAUCUAGCCUAUUUUCUCUACCUGACGAGUUCAAGAUCUGCAAACUUGUUCCACCAGUUUCUACAAGAAUAUCACGAGCACCUCUCCGACUUUCUGAUACAGUUGGGCAGCAGUCCCAGUCUUUACACAUUUGAAGACCUCCAAAAGCAUUGGAGGACUGCCCAGACCUUCGGAAUGUUGUUUAUGCCUACAGCCUUCAAGUUCGUCGUAGGAGAGGAGGAGAAUCUCCCCGAUUUCGCGCGUAUGGAAGAAGGAACGGCUCUGGGUGAUCUUCUGAGUCUGAUUCCAAGGCCCGAAAAUAAGGAAUAUUAUGAAAGGUUGAAGUGUGCUAUACAGUAUGCAGAAUUGUAGAUAAUAAUAAUAAAGGUCUAAAUUUAAACCGAAUUUAUAAAUUUUACUAUGUAAUCAAACAUCUUAAUGAACAAAUUCAAGUUACUACUUUUAAUACAGGGGUGUAUUCCAGUGGCGUAGUUGCUUUGGUAAGAGCUGCUAAUAACUUUUUUAUUUUUCAAAAUGCUGGGAGACACUGUUUUUCAUCUUUUAUCUGGAAUUUUUUAUUUUUCUCAUUCAGCGUUGGCG